ACGAAGAAAAGGGGCGUGACGUACAUAUAGUCGUCACUUCCGGUUGCAUGUGUACACACUGUAAAGUUGUGAAGCGUUAGCUAACAGUGUGCCGAUAUGGCGGAGAACACUAUGACAGUGACAGUUGCUUAUGGCACAAACAAACACAGCAUCACUUUAACAGCACAGGAUGGACAUGAACCACUGUUAAAGGAUUUGUGUGAGGCGCUGACAGAAGCCACAGGAGUACCAGUACCAUCCCAGAAAGUCAUAUUUAAAGGGAAAUCACUGAAGGAGAUGGAGGAGCCUCUGUCCAGUUUUGGAGUAAAGCAGGGUUGUAAACUGAUGAUGAUUGGAAAGAGGAACAGCCCUGAGGAGGAAGUAGAACUUAAAAAGCUCAAAGACAUUGAAAAGUCAGUGGAACAAACUGCCAAGAAGCUUGAGAAGGUGGAUGGUGAACUCACAGGACUGAAGAAUGGUUUUCUUGCAAAGGAGUUGCAAGCUGAGGCUCUUAACAAACUGGACCACAGGGUGAAAGUUGCUUCUGAGCAGUUUAUGAAAAUCCUAGAGGAAAUAGAUGGAAUGAGCUUGCCUGAGAGUUUUAGUGAUUGCAGGAUGAAGAAAAAAGGACUUGUGAAAACCGUUCAGGGUUUCUUAGCUCAGUGUGACAAAAUUGAAGCUGGAAUAUCAGACCACUUGGCUAAGAUUCAGACAAAAAACUUAGCCUUAGCAGAAUGAUCAUGAAUUAAGACUCCUGACAUCAGUAGUUACUGGUGCUGCAAAUGAAGAACCUCACUGAGAACUUUGGCACCGGAGGUGGUCCCGCAGUUCGCCUACACCCCACAAUCUACACAUGCACCAGUCAAACAGAGAAGAACAGGCAGCAUUCGAAACAUUUUAAAAUCGUUUUCUUUACGAGUUUAGAUUCUUCAUGCUAAUUAUUGCAAACACUUAUGGCUAGGUUUAGGGAGGUUUGACCAUCUGGACCACCCUGUUCUCUCUUUAAACUUUAUCUAGCCUGACAGAUGUUGGAUUCAUAGUCAUGUUUUGAUCAAAGAGAAAAAAAAAAAUAACGGUGCUGGAAGAAUAUCCUUUUAAAGGAUCUAACAUAAAUGACCUAAUUCAGUAAAUCUGUUUUGUGCAGUAAAACCUUGAUUAAAAAAAAUGUUCUAUUUAUGAAAAGAGUGAACUUGUGGGAAGCUAAAGGUUGUAGAAUUGAUAGUCCUUGUUUUGUUUUUAUCAUGAUUAAAUCUCAGGGUGCUUCAAACCACUGGUGGUUUUCCCCGCAAAUUUCCGUCUCAAAUGUUGUUGUGAAGU